GGGUCGCAUUGGAUACAAAUCAAUUUGAAAAAGAUUAAGGAUUCCUGGAAGCAGCAAGAAUGCCGGAUCUUUCUUAAUUUGGGAACCGGAUAACAAAAACUACGGAAUUGAGAACAAAAUAAAUAAAUAAAUGAAUGAAUGAACGAACAAAACCCUGCAACAUGGAUCUUGUGAAUUUGUUUCAGAGGAGACGGCUUGGCAUUGCUUUAGUUGAGAAGACCUUCGUUUGUUUCGUAUUUGCUCAAAAGGCUUUUUUCCCUUUGGAUUUCCCGUCCAUCUGGCUGUUCCAGGGAUCUACGGAGAAAGACAGUUGAAUGCCACCGUCGAUGUUCGCAAAAGAAUGGGUUUCCAUUCAAGGUGGCCAUUGGUGGGACAAGCACCAGCGGCACUUUGUGUGAUCAGCAUGCUACUGUGUCUGCCUCUCACAUCGUGCACCGCCUGCCCUCAGAAAUGCCGCUGCGAGGACCUGCAGUUUUACUGCGACACGCAGGGAUUCCUGGCUCCCCCAGACGGCGUGGACAGAGGAGCCCUGGGACUCUCGCUCCGGCACAACAGCAUCAACGAGCUGAACCCAGAUCAGUUCUUCGGCUUUACACAGCUAACCUGGCUCCACUUGGACCACAACCAAAUACUAAACGUGCAUGAGGAUGCCUUCCAGGGGCUCUACAAGCUAAAGGACCUAAACUUGAGCUCCAACCGCAUCACAAAGCUGCCCAACACAACCUUCAUCCACCUCAUCAACCUCCAAAUCUUGGAUCUAUCCUUCAACCAGAUGACCGCACUGGAGCCCGAGCUCUUUCACGGGCUUCGGAAGCUCCAGAUCCUCCACCUGAGGUCCAACUUCCUGCGGACCACACCUGUCAGGGCCUUCUGGGACUGCCGAAGCCUGGAGUACCUUGGUUUGAGCAACAACCGGCUCCGGAGCCUGGCUCGGAAUGGAUUCGCCGGGCUAAUAAAGCUACGGGAGCUCCAUUUGGAACACAACCACUUGACUAAGAUCAAUCUGGCCCACUUCCCACGUCUUGUCGCCCUCCAGUUCCUCUAUCUGCAGUGGAACAAGAUUAACAAUUUAACGUGUACCAUGGAGUGGGAGUGGACCACCUUGGAAAAACUGGAUCUAACUGGGAAUGAGAUACGCACUUUAAUCCCUGAAGUGUUUGAAACUUUACCGAACCUUCAGGUUCUGCUGCUGGAUAACAACAAGCUGAGCAGCCUCGAUGCCCAAACCACAACUAUGUGGAAGUCCCUGAACACCAUCGGGUUGUCCAGCAACCUUUGGGAUUGUACAAAAAAGAUUUGCAACUUGGCCAGUUGGCUUAGUAAGUUUAAAGGUCGAUGGGAACAUUCUAUCCUAUGUCACAGCCCUGAGUACACGCAGGGUGAGGAAAUACUGGAUGCUGUUCAUGGAUUCCAACUCUGUCAAAACAUCUCGGCACCUGUUGUACUGACCAGCACCACGAUGGAGGCCACGUUACCCCAACAGUUCACUAGCUCCUUUUUUGGGAAUAUGCAGACACCAACACAGGACUUCUACCCUGAGGAUUUUGGGAGCUUUACCAUAGUCACCACUACCACCACCACAACUCAGACCCCACAAACUACCAUGGCUACGGUCACAGUGGACGGGGAAGAUGUUACUGAGGACUACGGGAUAAUGGACAACACCCUACUGACCCAGAGAGUCAUUAUAGGUACCAUGGCCCUUUUGAUUUCCUUCUUUCUCAUCGUUUUUGUUGUGUACAUCUCACGGAAGUGCUGCCCUCCCACUCUACGGAGGAUCCGCCACUGCUCGGCCAUUCAGAACCGGCGACAGAUGAGGACCCAGCAGAGGCAGCCGAUGGCAGACCUGGCCACACAGGUGCCCUAUAACGAGUACGAGCCGGCACACGACGAAGGUGCACUUGUGAUCAUUAAUGGCUACGGGCAGUGCAAGUGUCAGCAGCUGCCUUACAAAGAGUGUGAAGUAUAAACAUUUUAUUUCUGCACUUUAUGGGUUAUGUCAUUUCCACCAUUUCGAAAGAUACAGGGUGUGGUUUUGGGGACUUUCUCGGCUUGUACACAAAAGGAUAUAAUGAGCAUUUAAUUCUUUAUACUGGUUUCGGAAACCGACGGAAGUCUGGAAGGUUCGCGAGGACGGAAUCGAAACGAGCCGUAUAAAGGAGUUGGAGUUUAUUUUUAUAGUAUGAAAGCAAGGUUCAUAUCAAGCUGGGGCAAUCGAUCACAGACGGAUGUGUGAGAGAUUUGUCAGUGCGUUAUUAGUCACUAAUCCAGCAGCACAGAAAAGACGAGAAACAAACAAAGCCAAAACCAACUGGAACUUUGAGGUCCAGAAACAACAACAACAAAAAAAAAAAAACACUAUGUAUGAAACUGCAUUCUUAUUCUGAUAUAUGUUUGGAUUUUAUAAUAUGGUAAGAAGUGCUGUGGGUGACAUGAUGCAGAGAAACUCAAAUCUUACUAAAGAAAAACAGACAGAGACAAGAGAGAUUUUUAUAGUGCACGUUAGACUACACUAUAGAUCUCACUUAACACUUUAAAAAAAAAAAAAAAGUUAAAAGUAUUGAUUUAUGGUUUGGGUUCAAAGAGCAUUUUUACUCAUGUUUUUUUUUUUUUUUUUAAAUUAUGGAGAAAGAGCACUGUAAAAUUGUACAUCACCACAUUUAGCUCGAGUCUAACGAGGGAAGUUGACGACACAAAAGGUUCAAACUUGGUCAGAAUAAACACCGGUCAUGUUUAUUUCUGUUUGAUCCAGCCAAGAUUUCAUUCCAUCUAAUGAAAAUGCUUCUUCUUUAUUUUCCAGUUUGUUUAUUUUUGGUCUAUUUUCCCCUCAACAGGUUACACCUCCUGUCACCAAAAUGUGAAAAGCUUAGCACUGUGUGUGUGUGUGUGUGUGUGCGCGCGAAAAGGCUAAUGUUACCUUUGCUAAUUGUCUGGCUCGCUCAGUCUACUGUGAUGUCAGCAGGGACCGAAUAAAUGUUACAGACGUUUGCUCACUUUACCAUCAUGUAUAUGCACAUUCAUACAAAGGUAUAUAAAAAAAAAGAA